UAUAUAUAUGUAUCUUAUAUGUAGGCUGCAAAACGACGUCGUAAGGUCCAACGAUUCGAUUCUCCCUUUUCUGUCUUCCAUUUAUUCGAAAUUUCCCUAAAUGCAACAGCGCUCUGCUUCACCGCCUUUGCUGCUCGCGAAUGAUCUACGAGAAUCACCCACCAGUUUCUCCGACAUUGAGGCGCCUCACUUGUUGAGCAGAAAUUCCGGUGGUUUCCGUUUUCCGCGAAUUUCUGGAGCAGUCGUUAACUGAGGAGCAUCUUAAAGAGCCAUGGCUAAGCACCACCCUGAUCUGAUUAUGUGCCGGAAGCAGCCUGGAAUAGCAAUCGGAAGGCUUUGUGAGAAAUGUGAUGGAAAAUGUGUAAUUUGUGAUUCCUACGUGCGCCCAUGCACUCUCGUACGAGUUUGCGAUGAAUGCAACUAUGGAUCAUUCCAAGGUCGCUGCGUCAUCUGCGGAGGUGUCGGGGUUUCCGAUGCUUACUACUGCAAGGAGUGCACUCAGCAAGAAAAGGAUCGCGAUGGGUGCCCGAAAAUAGUCAAUCUAGGAAGCGCGAAAACGGAUCUGUUCUACGAACGCAAGAAAUAUGGAUUUAAGAAAAGGUGACCUUACUCCCUUCCCUUCUUCAAUAUUUUGGACAUAGUUGGUCAAUAUGCAUUAGAAAUGUGUCUUUACAACCUUGUUUUGGCCCGACUAUUCUAAUUUGUCUCUUCAUGUUCGACUAUUUCUCUUAUUUCCGAUGUCUUGUGUCUUUGCAUGUUAAUUUGGUACUCCUUGGCUUUUGAUGAUUUCUGCUUAUAUUUCUAGAAUUCGGUAAUUCUUAGUUUUGAUGAUUUCUUUGAUGAUAGGGAGUUUGUUUGGUUUUGAUUUGAGUUUGAGUUUUUUAUUUGAAUUUUAAUAUUUUGAUAUAAUAUUUUGCGAUAAAAAAUUAUGUAUAUUUAUCG